AUGACAGUUUCAGAGAAGAAGAGAAGGGUUACUAUUGAAGAUUUCUUUAGUAAGAAAUCGAAUUCCGACAAUAGCAAUGUGAGCAAAAGAGUCAAAACUGUUGCUUCAAAAGAUGCUAACAAUGGAGAUGACAAGAUGGCCGAUACAAAAGUUGUUAUCAAGAGUAAACUAGAAUUUCGUGAGUCGUUGAGCUCUAUGUUGGACUCUUUAUUGAGCUUAGAGCUGGAGACGAUUGAAGAUUCGUGGUUUGUUGAGUUGGAAGAAGAAUUCAAGAAACCGUAUUUUGUUAAAUUGAAACAAUUUGUAACUUCUGAACAAAAGAGUCAGACAGUGUUUCCAAUCCCAAAAGACAUAUAUUCAUGGAGUAGGUUGACACCCUUUGAUAAGGUGAAAGUAGUGAUAAUAGGACAAGAUCCGUAUCACAAUUUUAAUCAAGCUCAUGGGCUAGCAUUUUCUGUGAAAUCACCAACUCCAGCACCACCAUCGUUGAAAAACAUUUAUAAAGAAUUAAAACAGAAUUAUGGUGACUUUGUGAUCGAUAAUAGCACUGGUGAUUUAACACCAUGGGCUAUACAAGGAGUAUUACUUUUAAAUACAUCGUUAACAGUAAGAGCGCACAAUGCAAAUUCACAUUCGAAGAAAGGUUGGGAACAAUUCACAAAGAAGGUCGUUGAAAACCUAAUCAAAGAUAGAGAGGAUAAAAAUACAAGUUUAGUUUUUUUACUAUGGGGUAACAAUGCCAUCAAUUUGGUUGAAUCGAUAUUAGGAAAGGAAACCAACCUUGGAGACAAUAUCAAAGUAUUUAAAUCUGUUCAUCCGUCACCAUUAAGUGCGAGUAGGGGGUUUUUUGGAAACAAUCAUUUUAGAAAGAUAAAUGAAUGGUUAUAUAACGAAAGAAAAGAGAAGAUGAUCGAUUGGAGUGUUGUACCAGGCAAGACAAUUAAGGAAGUUCAAGAAUUGAACGGCAAAUUGUGA